AUGCAGGCAUCUUUCAGUUAUGAAGGAAUACUUAAAACAUCGUUUAGCAGUGUUUUACCCUUAGGUUUAUCAUUUGCACGUUCUUUAUCACCAUUAGACGAUAACUAUUGGCUGGAUAACCUCGACAAAAGAAAUUCUUGGUGGAGUAAAAAAUCUGUAGACGAUUUUAAUAAUAUAUCACAGCAAGGUGAUACAAUAGAAGACAAUCAAAGGGAAGAUAGUUCGGCAAGCCUAUACAGUUGUUACGUGGAAAACUGUGUGCCUGAUUUUAUAGCAUGUUCUAAAACGAGUUCAAGCAAGUCGGAGUUCAAAACCUGCAAGAUCCAACAUAGAGUGUGUUCCAGGCAAUGCUGGACAAUAUCGCGUCCUGAUCGGUUGUAA